UAUGAUAGAAACUUGAUCGCUAUUUCUAGCAUACCGAACGACCACGCGGAGGUUGCCUUGUUUAUUAUUAACAUCUGUGACUGAUGACCUUACCUUGAUCUAAAACAGUCUUCAACGAUUGAGAGUUCCUGCAUCAGUUGAUGUAUACAAAAGCAUGUGCUUUACAAAUGGAACCGUGAAUUAUGUGUAGCUGUCAAUGACACAAUUUUAUAAUGUGUGACAGCAACGAACUUACUGAUGAUGAGAAUGUAGACGAAGAACUGCAAACUCUGAAGGAAACCGUUUACGAUCUCAUUCGAGGAAUCAAAGAUCCAGAAAAAAUCGAAACCCUUGAGGAACUGAAUGUUGUGACUGAGGAAGGAGUCGAAGUAAAACGAUUUUCAGAUCAAUGUUUUCUGAUUCGCAUUGAAUUUAUUCCUACAGUUCCCCAUUGUACACUUGCUUCACUGAUUGGUUUAUGUAUGCGAAAUAAACUUCAAAGAGACUUUCCUGAGCUACAUAAAUUGGACAUUUUUGUGAAAGAAGGAAGCCAUGAUAUUGAGGAAGAUAUAAACCGGCAGAUAAAUGACAAAGAACGAAUAGCUGCUGCCAUGGAAAACCCAAAACUGCGUGAAUUAGUAACACAAUGUGUGGACUUUGAAAGUCUUUGACAGUAGAUUGCUGUGGAUUUUAGGAAUUUCUUAUUCUUUUCUUUAGACUUGUUUUAUAUUUGUUGCCAUUGUCUUUUUGUGUUCUUGUAGCUGUUUGCUUGUGUAGAAACUCAAGGUCUGUCACUUGUAGAGCAAAAUGUACAAUUGAUGGAAUUAAUACCAUUGUAUCAGUGGCUAAUUAAUUUUAAUACUGCCCCUCCUUCUCUCUCAAUAGGAAAAAAAAAAGGAAUAUAUCCAGGUUAAUUAAGAACUACAUUGAUUAUGAGGAGAUUUCAACAAAAAACUGGGUGAUAAACUCAUUGCUAAUUUUGCUAAACCACUGCCCCUUAUUGUUAUUGUAAGUUCCUUGACUAGAAUCUAAAGCCAAGCAUUUGUAAGUGGGUGGGUAUACAUUUAUGUAUAUAUGUGUGUGUGUGUAUUAUUCUGUAUAAAUUAAUGUGAAUAUACAGUAGAAAAUCACAACACUGCAAUAUUCAUCAUGAGAAAGUAUCUCAUUUAUAUGUAUAGUACUGAAAAGUCUUGUGCUUUUUAGCACUAUACAUAUAAAUGAAAUGCUUUUUAGCACUACAUAUCUAUACAAGAUGCUUUCUCAAGGCAAAUACUACAGUGGCAGUGUUUUAUCUUUCUGCACAGUAUAUCCACAUUAAGUACGAUAUACAGAUUGCUAUUCUGAACUAAUACUGCUUCCAUUGCUAAUGUACACACUCAACCUCACACAUUGUAUUGAUUCCCCUCCCAUGCUACCAAAAGUUAUGGAACACAAUGUGUUUCAUAAGUGGAAUUUGAAUUUGAUACCAAGCAGAAUAAAGCUAAGUAUGACUAACACA